AUGUCUCUCGAGAAAGUAAAACACAUUGUUCUCGUCCUCUCGGGCAAAGGUGGCGUAGGAAAAUCCUCCAUUACAACCCAACUCGCCCUCUCUCUUGCUCUCGCUGGGAAGUCUGUCGGAAUCCUCGAUAUAGAUCUUACCGGACCCUCCAUACCGCGACUGCUCGGUAUCGAAUCCGCGAAAGUCACACAAGCUCCCGGAGGCUGGAUACCAGUCCCCGUACACGAUGGGAACCCCGCAGUAGGCAUCGGCUCUCUCUCCUGUAUGAGUCUUGGGUUCUUGCUUAGAGAACGAGGAGAUGCAGUAGUCUGGAGAGGGCCGAAGAAGACCGCAAUGGUUCGACAAUUUCUGUCAGACGUGCUUUGGGGCGACAUUGACUAUCUGCUGAUCGACACUCCGCCUGGAACAUCAGACGAACACAUCUCGCUCGCAGAAACUCUACUUAAGACUGCAUUCCCGGGUCAAGUUGCUGGGGCAGUGGUCGUCACAACACCACAGGCAGUUGCCACUGCGGAUGUCAAGAAGGAGCUGAACUUUUGCACCAAGACAGGGAUCAAUAUUAUUGGCGUGGUAGAGAACAUGAGCGGCUUUGUUUGCCCGAACUGCUCAGAAUGUACGAAUAUCUUCAGCAAAGGGGGUGGAGAAGUCAUGGCACAGGAAUUCGGAGUCAGAUUUCUCGCGAGUGUCCCUAUCGAUCCACAAUUCGUUAUGCUGGUCGAGACGGGAAGGAGGCCAGUAUAUCCCGUGGGCACGGAGGUCAAUGGAAAAAUCAUUGAAAGCAGCGACGAUGGAAGUGACACAAGCUAUGUCAAGGUACCCGGCAUGUUGCUUGAGAAGUACAAAGGCUGUUCCCUGUGUCCAAUCUUUGAGGGCAUUACCAAGAACGUGGUUGCAGCAGUAGAGCUCAGAGCCGCGGGAGGACAGGGAGCUUGA